AUGACAUUUAUUUACGGUAAUACAAAUUUUAGCGAACGAUAUGAGUACUCUGCAAUCCUGCGAUAUUUUCUGACUCUACAGCUCCCCCAUCACCACCACCAUCAGCAGCAGCAGCAGCAGCAACAGCAGCAGCAGCAACAGCAGCAACAGCUGCAGCAGGAGGAACAUGCUGCUGCUGCUGCUACUACUCGAGCGGUGGAAGGGCCUGAAGAUACAGAAGAAGGGGGAGAUAGGCUGCAGCAGCAUCACGAACAACAACAACAGCAGCAGCAGCAGCAGCAGCAGCAGCAGCAGCAAGAGCAGCAGCAGGAAGAGCCGGAGGUGGUGAAGAGGAUUUUGUGUUGGAGUUUGUUGCUGAGGGUUUGGCGUGUGUUGGGGUAUGCUUUGCUGCUGCGGGUAUUGGGGUGGACAGUGCUGCUGCCGCUGCUGCCCCGAGGAGACACAUCUUUGAUUAAUAAUUUGCUGCAAUUCUUUAAAAAUAUCGGAGACGUAUUUUCAUUUACUGUGUGGCCUCUCAGGGCAGCUGUGCUGCUGCUGUGGCGCCUCACCCGCUCCUUUGCUGCAGACCCAGCAGCAGCAGCAACAGCAGCAGCAGCAGCAGCAGCGGGGACACCCGAAGACUGGGAUUUCAUCCCCAACUUUAAACCCUUCCUUUUUGUCUCUUCGCCGCAGCAGCUGGAGGAAAUCUUCUCCGGUGUAUGUACAGCUACAUGCCCUGACCCAGCAGCAGCAGCAGCAGCAACAACAGCAACAGCAGCAGCAGCAGCAGCAGAUUGUGUGCCUUGUCUUAACUAUGUGGGAGUCUCCCUUGGCUAUUUGCUUACAGCUGCUGCGGGCCUCAGGCUUGCUGCUUCAGAUCUUGAAGACACGAUGGCGCUGCAGUUUGUCUCCUUCUUUGCUGUUGUUGCUGCUGCAUGCAAUGUUUGCUUUGCUGCUGUCUUUGGUAAGACAGGCACAGGGUGGGGGAGCAGCUCAUACACCUCAGCAGCAGGAGACGCAGCAGCAAUAGCAGCGGGAGACACAGCAGCAGCAGCAGCAGCAGCGGGACCGCCACCAGCAGCAGCAGCAGCAGCAGCAGCAGCAACAGGGACAGGAGCUAUUCUUCCUGUAGGGGGUCCCUUCACUGCAGCAGCAGGGUUUACAGGUGCUCCUGGCGGUGGAGGGGGUACAGCAGCAGCAGUAGCAGCAGCAGCAGCAGCAGCAGCAGCAAGAGGGGGAGAGGCUGGGGUGUUGCUGCCUUUGCUGCAGCGAGUCUUCGAUGGCUUUGCUGCUCGCACCGGCAUUCCUUGCAUGGUUGAUGCCUUUGGAUUUUCUUCUUCUCUUCCUUCCUGGGCUAAUGAAGUUAAAGAUAAUGUCCCCAUAUGUCUAACAGUAUGGCCUUUGUUUAGACAUAUAGCUUCUCUUUUCGGUCUAUGUUCGGGUCUCUUUCUUAACUUCUUCUUACCCUCUGUUACCUUUAUAUAUGCUUCUUUUGCUUCGGAGCUGACGCACAAUGCGCAGCAGCAGCAGCAGCAGCAUCAUCAUCAUCAUCAUCAUCAUUCGCUGCAGCAUCAUAUGGGAGACACCUGCAGCAAAGAAGAACAGCAGCAAGCGCCUCCACAUGAGAUACAAGGCGGUUUGCUGCUGCAGCAGGACUCUCUCCGCAGCAGCACCGAGUGGGGGCCUCUAUUUAAACAUGCCGCUGUAGCAGGUGCUGUUGCUGGAGCUGGUGCAGCAAAAACUAGAGAGAUGCAGAGACAGCUGCAGCAAUGGUUAGAGGAGUUUGCUAGAAGAGCGCCUGACAGCGACGUUGCUCAGCUGCUGCAGCGACAUUCAGACAGCAGCAGCAGCAGCAGCAGCAAUGGCUUCGGGGAUGCAGACCCCUUUUCUGCUGCAGCAGAACGUUCAUCAGCAGCAGUACCAGCAGCAGCGCUGCUUCGUAAAGGCAGCAUCAGCCCCAGCAGCAACCACGCAUUUGCUGCGCUGCAGAGAAGAGACACUAGCAUAGCAGCAGACCGGAUCUCUUGGAAGGAGACAGAAGAAUCUUUCGGGCUUUCUCGCGGUGCUUCUUCUCCGCUGCUUACCACCUACUCUGCUGCAGCAGCUGCUGCAGCAACAGCAGCAACAACUGCAGCAGCAACUGAUGCUGCUCUCGAAGACACUGCUACAGAAACCUAUCCAGAGACACACGCCGUUUCACCUCAGGCUGUCGCCUCCCUCUGGGCCCGCAGCGCAUUGCAGGCGCGAGAAGCAGCAGAUGAGGCAGCAGCAGCAGCAGCAGCAGCAGGAACAGGGACAGCAGAAGCAGAAGACGGCGAAGACCAAGUGGAGAAAGAGGCUGCUGCAGCAGGUAGUCUCAGUGCAGCAGAGACAGAGGGCCCAGGAGACACUGCUUCUUCCUCAACGGGAAGGGCCCCCAGCAGCAGCGCGGUAGAGGAACACCAGCAACAGCAACAGCAGCAGCAGCAGCAGCAAAAGGAGCAGCAGCAGCAGCAGAGCCCAGCAGCAGCGGGAGCAGUGGUCUUCCAACGCAGCCGCAAGAGAGGGGCGGUAGUGGGGAGGCCUCAGCGGGGUUGCAGCAGCAGCAACCCACAAGGGGCAGCAGCAGCAGCAGCAGCAGAUGCUGCUGUCAGUUUGCUGCAGCAGCAGCAGCAGCAGGAGGGAGAAGCAGGCGAGCCGCGGGAAUCUCCGAGCGACGGCGCUGCUACUGCUGCUGCUGAAGCAGACGCUGCUCGUGCUGCUGCAGGAAGCGGUUCUGGUGCUGUGGAGGAAGACAGCGCUGCUACUGCUGCUGCAGCAGCAGCGCCUCCAGCAGCAGCAGGAGGCCUCAGGAGAAGGACCCGGUCUAAGGCCAUUGGUGCUUCAGGGCCCCGUCCCCUUGUCUCCUUUCUGCUGAGCGACAAUCAGCAGCAAGAAAGUGCUGCAGGGAGCAGCAGCAGCAACGAGAAAGCUGCUGCUGCAGACAAGGAGACAGCGCAAGGCUCGGGGACAGUAAAAACUGUAACAGGGGCAGCAGCAGAAGCAGCAACAACAGCAGAAGCAGCGGAAGAAGAACAAGUAACAAAAGCAGCAGAAGCAACAACAGCAGCAGAAGUAGCAACAGAAGAGGCCACAGCAGAAGCAGCAGCAGCAGCAGCAGCUGCUGCUGCUGCUGCUUCAGCUCCUUUUUCUAGGCAGAGGAGGAGGAAGAUGACGAGCCGCAAUCGUUUUGCUGCAGAGUCUUUUGACGCUCAGGGGGGCCCCCCCUCUGCGGGGGCCGCUGCUGCACUGGAGGGACAAGAGAGCGAGAAGAAAGGUUCUUCCUCUUCUGCUGCUCCAGAUGCUGCAUCUGCUACUGACCAAGCGGCAGCAGAUGCUGCUGCUGCUGCUGCUGGUUCUGAACCGUCGUCGGCAGGUGAUGCAGUUGGCGCAACUGCGCCAGCAGCAGCAACAAGAGCAGCAAAAACAGCAUCUGCAGCAGCAGCAGCAGCAACAGCAGCAGCAGCAGCAGCAGCAGGAGUUGUUACAGGUGCAAAGAAGGUGUGUUACUCAUGGGGUUCGACGGGGCUGCGCUUUGUAGCUCUGGCUCGACUGAAGUUAAAGGGGGGCCCCCAGCGCAUGCAGAGAAACGAAGGUGUAGGGGGGGGCCCCUCUGGACCUCGGGUCAAAAUUUUCCCAGGUGUCACUUCGCCGCGAGCAGAGAGGCUAGCUGCCUUUGUGCUGCUGCUGUUUACUGCUUUAUGUGCCUUUGUUGCUGUUACUGGGGACCUGUUAGCUGCUGCUGCCCUGCUGCUAGGGCUGCUGCAGCAAGCCUGGGCUCUAGCUUGCGUCUCCUUCACACACGUCGCUAGCUGGCUAGCUGGGGUAGACAGCUAG